UUCUCCUAUCUCAGCUUACUAUGCAGAGACAACUAUAAGUAAGCUAUUCAUAGGUUAAUUUUCUUGAUUCUUAAAGCAAUGUUUUGGUUUUUGCAGUUCCGUUUGGUGGUGCAGAAAUGACAUACUUCAGGAUGUUAAGACUUUUUUGCUGGAAAACAAGACAAAAUACUAAUUAAGAAAGUUAUUUUUGGCAAUGGUGGUCUGAAUGAGCAUAUAUUCCUAAUAGGGAAAAUAAUCUGUCUUACUUUCUAGCAAUGCGUAAAGAGUAGAAACCACUCUGAACGCCCUAGCGCUCCACCGAGAACACAUUAGCAACCACCUAGCAACACAACAGCAGUCUCCCAGCUAUCAGUCAUCAAAUGUAAAAAUUCAAACCACUCAAAGCUUGUAACCUUCAAACUUUGAAUUUGAGUGGUUCUCUUAAAGGUUCCUGAAGCUUUUAGGACAAGUCAGGGCCAGUGUUGAAAUGUUGUUUGUGACUGCAAUCUUUAUCUGUGUGUGUGUGUGUGUGUGUGUUACAGGAGUCACUGAUUGACAAUCAGAUAAGUUGUUUACAGUAUCUGUUCUUACCCAGGAGGAGAGUUGUAAAUACUUGUGUAUUUCACAGUUCAUGCACAUACUAAACCAAUAAAAUCCAGAAGGAGGGACCUGAGAGCUUUACAAGGGUGGUCCCUUCUUCACUUUUACAUAUUAAGAAAGAGAGCGAGAGAGAGAGAGAGAGAGAGAGAGAGAGAGAGAGAGAGAGAGAGAGAGAGAGAGAGAGAGAUGCAUGCUCAGUGCUUAGAAUGUGAAUAAGAAAAAUUUAGUAAUCCUGAAACCUAACAGCAGGAGAAAUGAUUUGCCAGGAAAACACCAUUUAUUACUCCAGCUGGGCUUUUGUGGUUGGGGGACUGCUUUACCUCCUGCGGCAAAUGAGCACACACACACCGUAUGGGCGCUAUGUGGACACAAACAUCCCGUCCGUGAUGGUCCCGGCCAAGGCAGGCUGGUUUAUCCAGGAGCUUCCUUCAUUCUUAGUUCCUGUGCUGCUGUUGUUGACAACGGAAAGUUUUCCAGGAAUGGGACAACAUCUACUGCUCUGGACUUUCUGCCUACACUACUUUCAAAGGACUUUUGUGUAUUCCUUGCUGACUAAAGGCAGACCCUCUCCUCUGCAUAUUGUGGUGUCUGCAGUUGUCUUCUGCUCUCUGAACGGCUUUCUGCAAGGCCAUUAUAUGCUGCAUUGCACUCAGUACCACACAGAAUGGCACAGGGAUGCACGCUUUGUGAUAGGGUUGUUAAUGUUUUUCUCAGGAAUGGCCAUCAACAUCCACAGUGACUCCAUUUUACGAAACCUGAGGAAACCAGGAGAGAUCAAUUAUAAAAUCCCGAGAGGGGGAAUGUUUGAGUGGGUCUCUGGUGCUAACUUCUUUGGGGAGAUUGUUGAAUGGUGUGGAUAUGCUGUGGCCACCUGGUCUUUUCCAGCUUUCUCAUUUGCUAUCUUCACCAUCUGCUCCAUUGGACCACGAGCCUACCACCAUCACAGGUAUUAUUUGGAGAAAUUUAAAGAUUACCCCAAAUCAAGAAAGGCUGUGAUCCCCUUCGUGCUAUAGCAAAGUCAGAUGGACGUUGACACCUUUACGAAGACAUAUGAAAGGGAAAUCAUGGACACAAAGUUUCCAUUUAAUCAAAACAAUUUUAAUCACUGACCUAAUAAGAACUGCAAGUUUUGAUGUUAUGUUGUAAGUUUUGUAUUUAUUUUGUAAGUACACCAUUAAAAUCUUUUGUUUACAAUUA